AUGGUUCUGCAGUUUCAUGCAUUCAUUUCCUACAGCGAGCGCGAUUCAUUGUGGGUGAAGAACGAGCUGAUCCCAAACCUGGAGAAGGGGGAGGGCUGUGUACGACUGUGCCAGCAUGAGAGAAACUUUAUCCCUGGCAAGAGCAUUGUGGAGAACAUAAUUAACUGCAUUGAGAAGAGCUACAAGUCGAUCUUUGUGUUGUCUCCCAACUUUGUGCAGAGCGAGUGGUGUCACUAUGAGCUGUACUUUGCCCAUCACAAGUUAUUCAGUGAGAAUUCCAACAGCUUAAUCCUCAUUUUACUGGAGCCGAUCCCUCAGUACGUUAUCCCUGCCAGAUAUCACAAGCUGAAGGCUCUCAUGGCAAAGCGAACCUUCCUGGAGUGGCCGAAGGAGAGGAGCAAGCAUCCCCUGUUCUGGGCUAACCUGCGGGCAGCUAUUAGCAUUAACUUGCCAACGUCCUUUGAAGCAAAUGAGGAGCAGAGUGAUGUUACUUCUACUAGUCGUGUAAGUGAGUAUGUGAAUAUCUGAUUUGACUGUCUUGCAUUAAAUUGUUAAUAAUUUU